GUUCGCAGUUGCCGAAUAGAGUAGUUCCGAAUUUAUCGUUAGGAAAUAUCCGACCGAACGAUCCUUGCAGCGUGGCUCUGCACUAGCAAAUUCUUGUGAUAGAAUCUUUUUUUAAUUUUCAAGGGCACCUUACGCGUCCCGCAAUUGCAACGUGGUGGAUCACUGUAAUCUUAGAUACAGCACCACCACGGGGUAUGUAGCGACAAAUUCCUGAUUUUGAGCGUAUUUCAGGGAAUUCUCACAUCGUUGAAACAUGGCUCAUGGCGUGACUAGCAGGAUGUAUCAUUUCGAAGAAGAUCGUCACACUAAUCAUCAGAAGGACAAUGGCGAGUUGCUGUUCUUCUCGAGUAUAGACGAUGCCACGAAGUCUUGGUUGAGUUCCUUGCAUCGUAUCUGGGGUUUAUGGAAAAAAAGCAAUGCAGUAACCAAGACACUUACCGAUUACUUUGACACUGCCCCAAAUCCUUAUCUUAGCACUCUUAGGAUUCUAGUGAACACUUCUGACUUUAAUCAUAUCAAGAGCCGGUCAUCUUUGGCAGUCACAGUUAUAGAAGAAUUUUCAAACUGGCUGUCCUCUCGCAAAGAUAUGUAUAAAGAAUGUCUAGUCCUUGACUUAAAGUUAGCAGCGUUCAUGUUGGUUAGUAAACAGAAGAACAUGUUGUUUAUAAAACUGGUCUCGGAUGUUUACGAAUUUGUGAAAGAUAAGGAGUUGUUUCUGCCUAUGGUCCAGAAAUUACUAGAAAAAAAGAAGUUCAAAGAAGCUGCCCAGUUUGCAGCCAUGCUGUACUUGCAAUCUCACUUUGCUAAUCCUGAGAUCGUAUUAUUGCCCCUCAUACUUCAAAGCAAACUCGCGGUAGUGGAUGAUUUUAUAGCACCUUGCCCAGAUAUACAAAAGAAUUUAGUAAUGUAUUUAGACAACCUAAUGGCACCAGGAAGCAGUAUGCAUAAUACGUUGCAUUAUUAUAUCCAAAACAACAUGAUUCCUGACGUGAAAAUGUCCACGACGGAGACCAGACCAAUGGCUAGGCUGGUAGCUCGUUUGGCUAAGACAUACAACUUGUCCCCUGACGUCUGUCCAAAUUUGAAUCAAAGACGAGGCGAGGGGGCUUUACAAUUUUUAAUGUACAAACGCUACAUGGAGGGUAGCAUGAGUGUCGAAAGUUGGAGAGAAAUGGCUAGAGAGGCCGUGGGCAAUAAUACCAAGCUGCAAACGGAGCUGGUUAAAAUACUUGCAGGCGCGGGGGACCAUGAAGAAGCCCUCUACUGGGCGAAGACCUACAACGUACCGAAGCAACAGUGGCCAUGGUCGUUGACGCACAUGAAAGAUCCUAUCCAAAAUCAACAAAAUUCGGGCGCAAGCGGUAGUGGUGAAGAGACGUGGGAUACCGAGGAGGACUCUGUGAUAUACCAUGAGUUACAGUUGCCCAUGGAUUGCAUUAAAGUCAUCGACAAUCCCAGGUCUUUCGAAGAGUUCUUCGACGAGGGUCUGAAAGGCGUCUCCAUUGUUGGAAUAGACUCCGAAUGGAAGCCCAGUUUUGGUAUCAAGCAGUCCGAACUGGCGCUGAUACAGAUUGCGACUGAGACGAACGUAUACAUCCUGGACGUGACAACAAUGGGCAGCGAGCUGACCAAUCUGUGGACAGAGCUGCGUCUGGUUUUGUUCGAAAAUAAAAACAUCAUCAAACUCGGUUUCAGUCUGGCUCAUGACGUGACAAUGAUGCGCGAGAGUCUACCGGCAAUGUCGAACGUAAAGGCCUGUGGCCAAGGCUACGUGGACAUGUUGCAGCUCUGGAGGAAGCUGGUACAAGAGCACAAAUUUGAGUUCCCCUUCAAAGGGGAUGAAAGUUUCACGAACGAGAGCCUGAGUAAACUCGUGGAGAUCUGCACGGGAAAUAGGCUAAAAAAGACCGAGCAGUUCUCCAACUGGGAGCGCAGGCCUCUGAGAGAGAACCAAAUCAUCUAUGCCGCUCUAGACGCAUACUGCUUGCUGGAGAUCUUCGAGGUCCUUCAGGACCAGUGCCAGAGAAUGGGCAUACCUUUCCAGGAGGUCUGCGCCGAAGUCCAGCAUAUCGCCCAUAAGUCGCCGAAAAAACCUCCAAAAAAAGCCUUGCCGAAGGACGGAGCCGCAAACUCACGGGCGACCAGAAGCACCUGUAGUCAAGAGUAUCAGGUGCUGGAGUCCAGACCGGUCUCCGUGCCAGCCCACGAGUGGCGGGUAGUUUGCGACUCCAUGCUCGGUGGACUGGCUAAGCAAUUGCGCAUCUGCGGUUGCGACUGCGUGUACGUCGAAUUCGAUUGCGGUGGUGAUCGCUCGGCAAAGUUGGCCAUGCAGGAGCGAAGAGUUCUGCUGAGCCGUGGCGGAGCCUGCCAACGGUUCGCGCAUUAUCUGCCUCCCGGUAAUUGUUACAAUGUCAUCUCGGAUAAACUCGAGGACCAGCUGAAGGAGGUCCUCUCGCAGUUCAACGUGCUGGUCAUGCAAAGGGAUAUCUUCAGCAGGUGUCAACUGUGCAAUCAGGACGAGUUCGUCCACGUGUCCAGACAUACCAUGGCCGAACUGGUGAAGAGCUUCGCCAGACGCAUACACGGAAGCGAUCGUCGUCCAGGUCGUCCUUCCUCGGGACCUAGUUUCAACGGCGAGGUCACCGGUAGGUCCGACAGAGACCGUUCCUUCUUUGACUUGGAACGAAAGCAGCAGGACCGAACCUGGCGGCUCUGCGACGAGGAUACUCUGGACGUGGUCAACUGCACGACCAAGUUCGGCAUCUUGGUGCAGAUUGGGCGUAUUCCAAACAACGUUGUCAGGAACGUUCAGCACUUCUACGUGUGCGAAUACUGCGGCAAGGUGUACUGGGAUGGCUCUCACAUGGAGCGCGCCUUGAGCGGUGUCCUCAGAGACAUCAUCGUUCAAGAGUGAACGGCGAGAGAACGAGUGGAAGGAAACCUGGAGUAUU